AUGAGCCCAGAACCCUCCAGGCGAUGCACCCACUGCUCCAGGCCCCACAGCAGCUCUGCUGACCCUGCAGGCGUGCUCUGUGUGACAGAGUCUGCCAUGUGUCUUCCGCAGGUGGGUGUGGGCCCUUCCCCUGGCCACCCCCAGGCCAGGCCUGGUCUGUCCACACUCUCUCUGGAGCCCCUUCUGCCACCAGCCCCCCGGCUCUCGCCUUGGAGCUUGGCGAUGCUGUCUGUUCACUUAAGCUUUCCCAUCUGUGUCCAAGCUAGGAGACCAAAUCUCACCAUAAAUGGAAACAUUUCGAGGGGGCCCCAGACAACUGCCAAACAACUUGGGGGAUGA